GGAGAUUUGAAGUCGCCAUUUUCGCUUCCGCAUCCGAGAGACACGACUCGCCCAGAACUUUGCUCGAUUUAUUCAUCGCUUUCUCGUCUCAUCGAUAAAAAGUCAUCAUGCAGAAAAGGGUCAUUUUUUUUCCUGGAAGGGUAAAGGUUGCGUUUCGUAAGGGACCGCUGGGAUAUCUUCUGCAGGAUCCAACUGACCAGGCGAGAACAAUAAAAAACAACCUAUCUUUGCAGGACAAGUCGGCACCAAUUAAGCUGGAGCUUGUGAGACAAAAUGCUCUGAAUGUGGUCCGUCAAAGAGGAGGUGAUGCCUCAGACCAAAAAGAAGUUUUUGGUGAGUACAUCCUGCAGUUUGGGAAAUACAAGGGGAAGUCCUUCCGGUGGCUCCUUGAAAAUGAUUUGGGGAACACCAUCUCUCUGAUGAAGAACCUUCAGCAAGAAGAGGCUGCAGGAGUCACAAUGACCGAGGGGCACAGCAAGAGCAGCCUGGUCUCUUUUAUGCAGUACGCCCACAGCUUUGAGGAGAUUCUGUCUCUUUUACAUUACACGUCCAAAACUCCAGCUGCAACAGCGGCAUCACCAGGCGACGAUCAGCUGGUUGGUUUCGGAGCUCGUGCCAAGAGUACAUGGAAGGAGAUUUGGGACGGCAGAGCUGAUGGUUACGCGUCCUUUGUAAUGGGGGCUAAGUGUGUCCGAGGGACACGGAUGCAUAAACUGCAACAAUACCUGCUGAAGCAGCAGCAGUCUGCCGUCCGCAUGUUCCUGCCACAUCUGAGCCCACAGAGAUGGAUGAAGACGCUGAGCUGGAGACUGCAAUGCUGAACAUCACCCCCUCUAAGCUACUGGUGCAGUCGCCAGCAUCAUCUGCGUGCUCAGCUGCUGAAGUGAAACACUCGACAGAAACAACGACAGUGUGUUGGCCGUGUGUCACUAACAAAUCUGUGUGCUGUUGGCAUUAUACUAACUGUUCAAGGGGCUAUGAAUUGAUUCCCCCACCACGAUGAACUGAUAAACCCCCAUUCUGGAACCAUCUACUGUCCUUUUGAAACCACUGAUGGUCAUUAGAAAGGAACUGCGUCUGUCUCCUGUGGAUGCACCAGCUGUGCCAUCUCUGAAAACACCAGUGCCCCUUCCUAAAGAGCUGAUGUUUCUUGUGCAGGAACCAUCAGCUUCCACACAAUCAAAAAAAGGUGUUUCAGCGACAGAGGGCAGUAUCUCUCGAGCGUGCAGGACACUUUCUUUUGAGGAAUCUAACAAAGAUGAACCGUGUUCCUCUGCUCCUCCUCCUUCAGUGUGUGUUCCACCACCUGUUCGACCGACAGCGCAAAGCACACCAACCCUUCCUAGAGUUCCUGCUCCACAGCUUCCUGGAAAUGAUAAUAACACGCGUCAGUAGAAGAGUUCUCAUCAACAGAGGAUCUGGAUGAAGACUGAGUUGGAAUCCAUGGGUCUGUGGCCAGGCUCUCCUCCUGUGAGCAACCCCAUGAAGACCGUGUCACUGUGGCGUUUACCUCCUCAACCUGAGCUGAUAGACACAGUCUCUGAUCUGCCGUCAGCCAAAUAUUUUCAGCUUCAUCCUUUUUUUAUUUGGAAACCUGAAAAUGACACCUUGAUGGCUAGACUUAAGAGUAACUAUGCUCUGCCAUGCAUUGCGGGGUGUAGCAAAGCCCAGGUCACGUGUGCAGGAGUUGGUAGACCUUGUGUGAUCGUGGGCAUCACAGGUCAGUACUACCUGUUCUCAUCUCGGCUGUGCUGCAAAGUCUGCAAGAAAAGGUGGUAUGCAGACAACCCACAGUGGCUGGAAAAGCUCCCCAAACGGUUUACAAAUGUACUGCCAGCAAUUCUUACUUACAAGAAGGCCAUCUGUAGAUCUGUGAUGGAUGAGCUGCAGCGUACCGGAAAAUCACCCUCAGACAUGGCCAGGCAGGUGAUUGAAAUGAUGCACCUGAAAUUUGAACGUGCCGACUUUGCCUACCUCCUCAGUUGCCAGAAUGUCCUGGAUUCUGAGGCUGGAAAGUAUGGACAGAAAACCAUCACAGGAUUCCUAAGAAAUGAGACCAAGCCUGCUCCCUUUGGCGAGUAUGAUGAUCCUGAUGGAUGGAAUGGAAUCUCUGUGUCUGCAGACUACCUCACUGACUGCCUCCUUUAUGAGUACCAGCGACAACAGGUAGCUAUUAGAAAGCUACUGCAGGGCACCUUUGGGCAGGCUUUACGUUCUGACCACACCCGGAAAGUGGCAAGGAAAGUUACAUUUACCUCUGGCACAAUGUCAUCUUACGCCACCAUGAACGAAAACUGGAUGAUCCUUUCGUGGGUGAUGGUGCAGUCUGAGACGGAAAGGUCAUUGGAACCCAUGUAUCAGGGCCUAGCAAACCGGUACAACAUUGCAGGAGUGGAAAAGGCAAGGGAUUGCUGUGCAGCGUUCAGGGUGCCGGAUCUGCAGGCAGGAGAACAUCUCAACUGGAAUGCCUGGAGAACUGCUGAUGCUGAUAUUGCCGAGGCCACUUCUGGUGAACUGCAAAAUGCAUGCGCAUCAAGAUCUCGCUUCAAUCAGCACAUCAAUGUCAAGCUCGACCUGUUUCAUUGCAUGAGGCGCUUUCACCGGGAGUGUGUUUCCGAGCAUCAUGCUUUAUACAGCUCCUUCACCCAGUUCCUGUCUGCUGCUUUCUGUGUGGUGGAUCAAGAAGACCUGAUGAAGCUCAAGAAUGCCUAUGCAUUUUGUGGUAUUCAGCCAGCCAACCCCACCAAGCAGCACAUUCGGGAGCACUGCAGAACAAAGAUUCCUGGUUCUCAAGAACUUCUCAAAAGGAUUGAGGGGGUCACGCAGCACUUCCAUUUGGCAGCUGAUCCAAAUGGUGUUCACCUCUACAAACCCUCUAUGUUGAAGACAUGGCGCAUUCAGCGUGUCCAUAUUUUGAGGGGAUGUCUCAGUGAUCCUGAAGUAGCAGGUGAGAUCCUGUAUAGGCAUGGUGGGACACUGCAGCUUAAUCACGUCCAGGGUGAGGGAGCUAAAGUUGAUGUCUGGGUGCCAAUAAGAGGCACAUCACAGCAGGAGGGCUACCACUUCCACCAGGCUCAGUGGGUCACCGGCACACGUGUUUCCUCUGAGUUGUUUCAAGCCCAGGGGAUGAUGGGAGUGGCACGUUGGAACUUUCAGCGCCUGGUGGACCUGAAAUCACCAGGUGUUCGGCUUCCUGGUGUAUUUGAUCCAUCCCUGAUCGCAGAUCUCAAUACUACGUCUGAAAGGGUGUUCGGAAUGCCCAAGUAUCCUGCCCUUCUAGUGUCCAGCAAGGAUUCUGGGGAGAGGUUUGGGCUAGACUAUGUGGAGCCUGGAUGUCGCCCUGUUGUGCUAGAUUGGGAAAAGCAUAAGAGCAAAACUGAUCUGCCUUUAGAUCUUCCCGAGCAAAGCAGACCGUCCACUGCCAGGGCUGGAUACCUUUCAUCUGACCUUGAUCCACAUCCAGAGUCAGGAUCCAUUACCACUUUGCCUGCCCCCUUGCUGUCCUCAUGCCAUGGUGCUGAUGUGGAUCUUCAGCCUAAGCCAGAAUCUGCUGAUACGCUGCCUGUGUCAUUGUUUCACCGUGCCUGCACAGAGCCUCAGUCAGAGCCAGGAACAACACAUGUACCGCCUCUGCCUAUGGUGUCCUCACCUGCAAGCGCUCGUACUGGACCUGUGAAGACUGGUGGAAGGGUGUUUGUGCUAGACCACAAACGGUGGACAACGGCAAUGAAGGAGGCAAUUGACAACCUGCUUACUGAACAUCAUGGGAAGAAGGAUAUGCUCAAACUUGUGGAUCAGGAGUAUGCAGCAAUGGUCCAUAACUCCAGUACUGAUCCCAACAGCAUGCUCCAUCCUACUACAAAACUGCACAUAGCUCAGUAUGUCAAGCACUUGGCCAAAUUGCUAAACACCAGUUCUUCGUUAAAUACUUCUCCUGAAAAACUACUUCAGACACAGCGACUGUGGCACUCUCUGACAGAGGGGAGCGAGACUACUAGUGUGCCAGUGGUUAAAAUUAAUCCUGCAGUUGUAAACCCACCAGCACUUGCUCUGACCACACCACUUUCACACGCAACCAUUGAGAGGAUCGUUGAGGGUAUUAUGGAGAAGCAUCAACAGCAACAACAACAACAACAACCAGAACAAAAAAAGAAACAGAUGAAGACUUGUGCUGCCUGCAGACAGCCCAAGUCUCGCUAUGAAAGUGAUGGUUCCUCCAUCCAUUUUUUUUACCAGCAAGGACCUGUUAGGUACUUCUACUGUUCCACCAAGGUUUUUAAGGCUUAUAGUGGUGAAGGCCUGACAAAUCCCAUAAUGCCUUUUAAAGAUUUUAUGGAAACAGAGUUGUAUCCGACCAGAGUUUUGGAUACAAAAAAAAGGGUGGAAGAGAAGGGACAGCAAAAACGAAAAAUUCCUGAAUCUCCGCAUGUAGGUCGCCUGUGUCGGUUUUGUAAAAUGGAACUCAAACAAGGUCCAAACAGUCCACACAUACAUACGGGCUUUCCUGGAAUUGCUGGGAAAUAUGUUUAUUGUCCUGCUAAAGUAUAUUCCAUACACAGAGAACAGGGUAUGGAGAAAGAGAUGACCUGGAAAGACUUUCAAAAGUCUACUUUUUACAAUAUGGAAAGACAGAGAUGGGUUUCUGGAAAAAAGUAAAUGAGA